AUGAUGAGGUUUUUCGAGUUGGCGUCUCGGGCACUGAGCCUGGUCGGACUCGUCCAACUGGCCUCGGCCAGCGAUGAGUCGUCUGAGCUGCUCACCCGCCAAACCAACACCACCUCAUCUCCGCUCUCACUGGGAAUCUGGGAGAAUCUCAUCAAGAACUCCACUGACAAUGGCUGCGCGGCGUGCCGUGAUAUUCUCACUCUGCUCAAGGGCCUUGCCGAAAAGGGAGACGAAACAUUUGUCAAGACGGUGACAGAAGUCUGCGUAUCUUCGAAAUUCACCGACCCGAUUGUCUGCGAAGGUGGUGUGGCCUUGGAGGGGCCCGUUGUCGCGGCCAGUCUCCGCAACUUGACCAUCGGUUCCAAUCUGUCGGACAUGAUGUGCAUCGUCUCUUUCGGACUCUGCGAUUUUCCAGAGAUCGACGAGUACAAGGUCCCCUUCCCGACAGCGAAACCACCAACAGACAAGAAGAACGAACACGAUGAUCAUGACGACAACUGUGGUUGCAAGGAGGAGCCGCAUGGCCUGCCUCCUCUGAAGAUUGCGCACUUCUCCGACAUCCACGUCGACCCGUUCUACGUGAUCGGCUCCAACACGAACUGCUCACUUCCCAUGUGCUGCCGACCGUACACUCCCGCCGACGCACCGGGCAACAACGACUUCCCCGCCCCGCCCUUCGGCGACCACAACUGCGGCUCCCCCGUCUCCCUGGAGGAGAGCAUGUACGCCGAGAUCCUGAAGCACUGCCCCGACUUCGCCAUCUUCACGGGCGACAUCGUCGACCACGCCAUCUGGAACACCUCCGCCGAGCACAACGGCCUCGAGAUCAGCCAGGCCUACCAGCACAUGGCCGACGCCGGCAUGCGCCUCGUCUACGGCACCGUCGGCAACCACGAGGCCUCGCCCGCCAACAACGUGCCCCCCUCGCAGUGGUCCGAGAGGCCCACGAUCCAGUGGAUGUACGACGUCGUCGCGUCCGCCUGGGGCCGCUGGAUCGGCGCGCCCGAGGGCGUCAGGGACUACGGCGCCUACUCGGUCAAGCACCCCGGCAGCAACCUGCGCAUCAUCUCCGCCUCGACCAACAUGUACUACAACCUCAACUUCUGGCUGUACAAGGAGAACGUCACGGACCCGAGCGGCGAGCUCGCGUGGCUCGUGGGCGAGCUCGACGCCGCUGAGAGGGCGGGCGAGAGGGUCUACCUCGUCGGCCACAUGCCCAUGGGAUCCCCGGACGCGUUCCCGGACGCGUCCAACUACUUCGACCAGAUCGUGCAGCGGUACAGGGCCACCAUCGUCAACAUGUUCUUCGGGCACACCCACCUCGACCAGUUCGAGAUCAGCUACUCCGACUACGGCGACCGCAACGCCGACACCGCGACGGCCAUGUCCUGGAUCGCCCCCUGCAUGACCCCGCUCACCGGCAACCCCGCGUUCCGGAUCUACACCGUCGACCCGGUCACCUACGGCAUCAUCGACGCCGAGACGUACUACGCCGACAUGGGCAACCCCGACUACCAGACCGGGCCGGUGUGGGUCAAGUACUACUCGGCCAAGGAGGCGUACGGCCCGCUCGUCACGCCGCCCGUGGCCGCCGACUCGCCGGACGAGCUGACGCCCGCGUUCUGGCACAACGUCACCGUGGCCUUGGAGAAGGACAGGACGGCGUUCGACCAGUACUGGACGCGUAGGUGGCGCGGGUACGGCGUGCCGGAGUGCGAUGACGAGUGUUGGAAGACGGAGAUCUGUCAGAUGAGGGCGGCGCGAGUGCAGGAUAACUGUUACAAGCCUACUCCCAAUAUCGGCAAGAACUUUGGCGUCAGCAAACGCGAUGAGGAUAAUGACUCGGACGUCUCUGCUGCUGGAACGGUUGGUGCCAAAAUUGAUCGGUCGCAGUGCAACAAGUCUGUCGCGAAGGACACUAUAGCUCUGUUGACGACGCAGAGGGACUUCCUCGAGUUGCUGGAGAAGAGGCUGACGGAGAUGGAGUCCACUAUUUAA